CAAUGAAAUGAUACAUGAACAGUCUGCACUUCACCGUGUUAAAUGUGCAAUGGGAGAAACAGGAGAUUUUCAUAAUUGUGUCUUUUAGUAUUAAACUAGUAAAGUCAAAGUUGUAACGCGGCUCUAAACACUUAAAUUAAUACCUUAGUCUUUCGCUGUGGAUUUUUAACUUUAAUAAUCAAUAUGUCAUUUCUCGUUGAUUCAAUAAUAAUGUUCACUUCUCAGGUCCUGUUUUUUGGGUUCGGGUGGCUUUUCUUUAUGAGGCAGCUAUUCAAGGACUAUGAGGUUCGUCAGUAUGUUGUUCAAGUCGUCUUUUCUGUGACCUUUGCAUUCUCCUGCACAAUGUUCGAACUCAUUAUCUUUGAGAUACUGGGUGUGUUAAGCACCACUUCUAGGUAUUUUCACUGGAAGUUGAAUCUGUAUGUUAUUUUGUUGGUCCUAAUAUUCGUGGUGCCAUUCUACAUUGGAUACUUCGUGGUUAGCAACAUUAGAUUGUUGCAGCGGCAGAAGCUGCUCUUUGCCUGUGUAGUGUGGUUUACCUUCAUGUAUUUCUUCUGGAAGCUUGGAGACCCCUUUCCCAUUCUUAGUCCAAAGCAUGGAAUCCUGUCCAUAGAGCAACUGAUAAGCCGUGUUGGGGUCAUUGGCGUAACACUGAUGGCACUGCUUUCUGGUUUUGGUGCUGUUAACUGCCCUUAUACUUACAUGUCAUACUUCUUAAGGAAUGUUACAGACAGUGACAUACUGGCUUUGGAGAGGAGGCUUCUUCAGACUAUGGACAUGAUUGUCAGCAAAAAGAAAAGAAUUGCUAUGACACGAAGGAUGAUGUACCAGCGUGGAGAAGACCACAACAAACAGACAGGCUUUUGGGGCAUGAUAAAAAGUGUCACAUCAACACCUCCAGGCACUGAGAACCUGUCACUGAUUCAGCAGGAGGUGGAUGCACUGGAGGAGCUCAGUCGACAGCUUUUUUUGGAAACAGUUGAAUUGCAGGCCACCAAGGAAAGGAUAGAAUACUCUAAAACAUUUCAGGGAAAAUACUUCAACUUCUUAGGCUACUUCUUCUCUAUCUACUGUGUUUGGAAAAUCUUCAUGGCUACCAUCAACAUUGUUUUUGACCGUGUUGGAAAGACGGACCCAGUGACAAGAGGAAUUGAGAUCACAGUCAAUUACCUAGGCAUUCAGUUUGAUGUAAAAUUUUGGUCUCAGCACAUAUCCUUCAUUCUCGUUGGUAUCAUCAUUGUGACCUCCAUCAGAGGCUUAUUAAUAACACUUACUAAGUUCUUCUAUGCAAUUUCAAGCAGUAAAUCCUCGAAUGUCAUAGUACUGGUUCUUGCACAAAUCAUGGGGAUGUAUUUUGUCUCAUCUGUUCUGCUGAUGCGCAUGAGCAUGCCCUUGGAGUACCGGACUAUUGUGACAGAGGUGCUGGGAGAGCUGCAGUUCAAUUUUUAUCAUCGUUGGUUUGAUGUGAUUUUCCUGGUCAGUGCUCUCUCCAGUAUCUUGUUUCUCUAUCUAGCGCACAAGCAAGCACCUGAAAAACACAUGACCAUGUGAUACAUUGUGGACGUUGAAAUGGAGCACAUCACUGGGGACUGAGACACAAACUCGCUUUUUAUGUAUAUAUGAAUGUGCGUGUACGUUCUAAAUGUCAUCAAGCAGGACUGAGCAAUCUGGCCUUCUGUGACUAAAAUGUUCCUGAAUCAGGAAUGGAUGUUAAGUAUCAAAUAUCAGGAGUUUUAUUUCAUUUUUUGGUAAGGAGAUGUGUAAUACACUGAAAAGCUUUUAAUACUGCAUUAAUGUUUAAAGUGUUUCUUUUUUGGGUAUCACAGAAUAAAAUGAGUAAUGCUCUUAA